AUGACUGCAAUGACCUCGCAGUAUAACUUCAUAUUAGAUGCCUCCUCCUUUGAGAAGGGACUGGGGAACGUAAAGAGAUGGAUGGUGCAGUAUCCAGCCACAAACAAGAUCAAAUUGAACUUCUACAUCCCAACCUACACCUUGAAAGAGUUGGACUUUCUGCAAUAUCGAGAGAAGAGCUUUACUGCUAAGGAAGCACUCAAAUUCAUCGAUUCGUUGGAGACCCCAUUGAUUACGGACAAGAAGAAAGAAAAUUUUAACAUGAUUAUUGAAAUGCCCGAUUUAUUGGACAUUAUCUCGUGGAAUGAUGUGUUGGAUUCGGUCAAUAGUAAUAGAGACAAGGAUGAAUUGAAUAAAAUACCAAGAAGAUACAAGAAUUUGUUGAAGAGUUGCGUCUUUAAAUGUAACAUGGAGGAUGAAAAUUUGAAAUGGAUCUUGAUUACUGAGGACACAAAAGUGAGAAAAUACGCUUCAUUGUGUAAUAUCCCAUGGUGUUCCAUUGUUGAUGCAGAUUCCAUCCUUUCUAGAGAGAUCAACGAUAAGAGUUUCCAAGACAGUGAGAAGUUUUUGAAUUUGUUGUUAAAGAAUGGUGGCAUUAAGGCAGAAAACGAAAAUGGAGAACAGAUUAUAAAGACCAGUUUUGAAAAAAGCGUAUAUGCCUCUAGAGGUUCCGGUAAAUUAUGGAGUCCAUGA